AUGACUUUAAUUGCUGCUUUAUCUUCAAUCGGAUCAAUCCAAUCAACCAACUCAAUUUUCAAGAGUCAAACUGGUGUCACUGGAACCAGUUCAAGUCAAUCAUCCAACAAAGUUGCUCUCUUGGAUGCACAUGUUGAUGCUGUUGUUGAUCUUGGUACUCUUUUGCAAGUCAAUGCCACAGCUGAUGUCCACCUCUAA